UCAGGGAGUUGAUCUGAUCCGACAAGGAUGGAGUAGAAGGGGUCCAAAUGUGUUGCCAGAAGGUUAUGGAUCUGCAGCCGUUUUGCCUGAGCAAGGCAUAUAUCUAGCAGCUUCUAUAUACCGACCUGUGCUUCAGUUUGCAGAUAAAAUAGCUUCAAUGCUGCCUACAAAAUAUUCCCAGCUUGGAAGAAGGAAUGAUGGGCUGUUAGCUUUCGUGGAGAACUUUGUAAAGGACCACUUUUUGCCUACUAUGUUCGUGGACUACAGAAAAUGUGUACAACAAGCCAUAUCAAGUCCAGCUGCAUUUCGCCCAAGGGCACACUUGGUUACUGCGUACACUCCAUCAAUUGAGAAGGGUCGACCUGUGUUGCAAGGGCUAUUGGCUAUAGAUUUCCUGACAAAGGAGGUUCUUGGUUGGGCGCAAGCAAUGCCCAAAUUUGCCAAUGACCUUGUGAAGUAUGUGCAAACAUUCCUGGAGCGGACUUAUGAAAGAUGUCGAACUUCAUACAUGGAGGCUGUCCUUGAGAAGCAGAGCUAUAUGCUCAUUGGGAGGCACGAUGUUGAGAAGCUGAUGAGGAUUGACUCCUCAAGUGCAUAUUUGCCAAAUCCACUUGGUGAGCUUAACACAGAAAAUAAUUUGCCUGAUGCUGAAACAAUUGAGGUUGAAUCAGAGCUAAGUGAUUUACUGCUGAAUUUGCGGCCCAUUAAGCAGGAAAAUCUAAUCCAUGAUGAUAACAAACUUAUUUUGUUGGCAUCUCUCAGCGAUUCAUUGGAGUAUGUUGCAGACUCUAUUGAAAGGCUCGGACAGGCUACACAAAGAGCACCAAAUCAAGUAGUGAAUGGAAAAGUCAAUCCCACGCACACAGACAACACAAAGAAUUUGGCAUCAUUUGCCCAAGAGUAUAGGAAAUUGGCAAUUGAUUGUCUCAAGGUUUUGCGUAUAGAGAUGCAGAUGGAGACAAUAUUUCAUUUGCAGGGAAUGACAAACAGAGAAUACUUGGAUGACCAAGAUGCUGAAGAACCAGAUGACUUCAUCAUUUCGCUCACUGCACAGAUCACGCAAAGAGAUGAGAAAAUGGCUCCUUUUGUCUCAAAUGCAAAGCGGAAUUACAUAUUUGGUGGAAUUUGUGGUAUUGCAGCGAAUGCAUUUCUUAAGGCUUUAGCGGAUAUGAAGUCUAUUAACCUUUUUGGGGUUCAGCAAAUUUGUCGAGACUCUAUUGCUCUGGAACAGGCACUGUCAGCUAUACCAUCAAUUAGUAGUGAAGUUGUUCAACAAAGAUUGGAUAGGGUCCGCACCUACUAUGAACUGUUAAACAUGCCAUUUGAGGCUUUGCUUGCCUUCGUUACAGAACAUAAGCACUUGUUUACUGUCAUCGAGUACGGUAACCUUCUAAAGGUCCAGGUCCCAGGGAGGGAGAUUCCUCCUGAUGCACAAUAUCGUGUAUCUGAAAUUUUACCACUGUAGUAUAUGCAUUCAUCUGUUUAUAUUUCAGAGUUUGUUUCGGACUUGAUGGGUUCUGGCAUCAAAUGAAUUUCUGAUCCUAUUUCUCAGUCGGAUGCCAAGUGGAUGUAUAUGUCAUUUUUGUCCCUUUGAAGCCGCAGGUCACUAUCGCCUCCCGCUGUUUAAGAGAUGAUCAUGUUUUUGCUCUCGAUGAUGGUUGUUCCACUGUUUUGCUUCAUUUGUUUGUAAUGUAAUGUAAUUUAAUGAGAAAUGUCAAUUUUGGAUGCUUCUGCUU